AUGUUGUCAAAAGUGACACUGGGUGUCAUCCUUUCCCUGCUCAUCCUUUUGACUGUGGGUGGUAAUGUGCUGGUGUGCCUAGCUGUCUGCGCCUCUCGACGCCUCCGCUGCCUCACUAACUGCUUCAUUGUGUCGCUGGCUGUGACAGACCUGCUGCUCGGCCUGCUGGUCCUCCCGUUCUCCGCCCUCCUCCAGCUCAAUGACGAGUGGCCGCUCGGCCCGGUCUUCUGCAACUUCUACAUCUCCAUGGAUGUUAUGUUGUGCACUGCCUCCAUCUUGACGCUGCUGGCCAUCAGUGUGGACCGCUACCUGGCAGUGACCAUGCCUCUGCGUUACGCCUCACUGGUGCUGCCGUGGAAAGUUGCUGUAGCCCUAAUGAGUGUUUGGACAGUUUCUGUGGCUGUGUCUUUCUUGCCCAUUCAAAUGGGCUGGAACACAGUUAAUGGCACGGUGCAGAACCAUGGCCCGUGGGCCUCAGAGAAGAGGUGUCGUUUUGAGCUGAACAAACCGUACGUACUCACUGAUUCCCUUCUUACUUUCUACCUGCCGCUCGGAGCCAUGUGCUGGACCUACCUUCAAAUCUUCCGCAUUGCAAGGUCUCAGGCCAAGCGUAUCAUCAGUGCUCGACCCAUUUGCAUCACCAGCUACAACAGCAAGAACAGCCCUCCUACCAGUACCACUCUGGUUUCCAGUGUUACAGCCGUGGCGCUGAGAGAGCACAAAGCCACACUGACUCUGGCAGCUGUGAUUGGCGCUUUUGUGGUGUGCUGGUUACCUUACUUCAUACUAUUUACAGUACUGGGUUUAAAGGAGCAUCCAGACCCUGGCAUAGUACCAGAAUUCCCUAUUGUGUUGUGGCUGGGCUACGCCAACUCAGCCCUCAACCCCAUCCUCUACGGAGCCCUCAACAGGGACUUCAGGUCAGCUUACAGCCACCUACUGAGAUGCCGGGUCCCCACCUACACUGGGUGGAGAAGUCGACAGCCAUCUACUGUUACAGCAGGUGAAGCAGUUUGA